AAUCUACGACAACAUUAAUACAUAAAGUAGUAGCUAUACUAAUCAAAAACAGAAACAAGAGGAAAAUAGUCGCACGAAUAUAUUGCAACGCAGAUUUACAAGUCAACGACUAUGGUCGGUUAGGGAUUCUUUGCAUAAAACUCAAUUAACCAGCUAUAUAUACAUAUGGAGUCCGAGUAAAUAUACUUGAACCUUUCGCAAAUUAAACGCAUUCACUCCACAGCAACAGGAUGAGCAACAACAAGAUAUCGAACAUGGAGAAGUUGUGCGGUUUGGCUUUCAUUUUGGUCGCGUUGGCUUUCGACUGGAGUGCGUGCAGCCACUUGCCAACUCAUCGCAUCGACUAUCCCGAGGAUGCGUUGACGCUGAACGAACGCUUCUUCAACGACGUGCGGGCACUGAUAAAGCGGCGGCUCAAGGAAAAUGCAGCGUUGCAAGAGUUGCAUAUGGACAAUGAAAACGUCGUUGGAAUUGGCGGCGGCAGAGGUGGCAGCGGCAGUAACAGCAAUGAGUUCUCAGCUAAUUUUGAACGCAGCAGCGCUGGCGGUGGUGGAGAGGGCAGUGUUGGCAGGAAUGUUGUAACGCCACUGCCGAUGGUGCCAACACCCGUGUUAGUGGAGAACUGGCCCACCGAAAGCCACUCCUUCGGACAGGUCACAGCCGUGUCUAUAGAUCCACAAGGCGAUCCGGUCGUCUUCCAUCGCGCCGACAGAUAUUGGGAUGCUAACACUUUUAAUGACAGCAAUAUAUUCUAUUUGAUCGAAUAUGGUCCUAUUAAGGAGAAAACCAUUUAUGUGCUGGAUCCCAAAACCGGUGCCAUAAAGUCCGGUUGGGGUGAAGACAUGUUCUACAUGCCACAUGGUUUGACUAUCGAUGUGCAUGGGAACUACUGGAUUACAGACGUGGCUAUGCAUCAGGCUUUUAAGUUCAAACCAUUUGACAACCAACCGCUGCUCACUAUAGGAAAACGCUUCAAGCCCGGCUCCUCCCUCAAUCAUCUCUGCAAGCCCACUUCCAUUGCUGUGGCAACAACAGGCGAGUUCUUUAUCGCCGACGGUUACUGCAACAGUCGCAUAUUGAAAUUCAACGCUGCUGGACACAUUCUACGCACCAUACCACAACCACCGGAAUUCCUCUCACUACAAGUACCGCAUGGCAUCACUCUACUGGAGCACCUUGAUCUCUUGUGCAUUGCCGAUCGUGAAAAUAUGCGCGUGGUUUGUCCAAAAGCCGGCUUGAAAUCGUCUCAGGGUGAGGGUCAGCCUGCCGCCACCAUACAAGAGCCCGAUUUGGGACGUGUUUUCGGCGUAGCUGCUUACGGUGAUAUUGUUUAUGCCGUAAAUGGACCGACAUCCAUGUUACCAGUGCGCGGUUUCACCAUCGAUCCACGCUCCGAGACGAUCAUCGGUCACUGGGGUGAAUUCAAGAAUCCGCAUUCAAUUGCGGUCUGUGUUAAUGGUUCGGCGCUGUAUGUGACCGAGAUCGGUACAAAUCAUCAGACCAACAAAGUAUGGAAAUAUGUUUUGGUUUAAGUGGUGUUGGUCAAGAUGCUGAUAGGUCGUGUGGAGGUGUGUGAAAAUUUGAAGAAGCAGCAAGCAAAACAAGAAAAUGUUUUUUAAAUCAUCCACAGCAACAAUAAUCCAGUGUACACGCAAUUAUAUAACACGCAAAAUAGCAAACUUGCAAUGAAUUUAAUCGAAAUUAAAUGUAGUAACUAAAUAAAGGGCAAAACGUUUGAUUUGCACCAGGAAAUGUAACCUAAAGUAAAACAUAUUUACCUCGUAAACAAACACACACCAACAAAAAUAUGUAAAUUAUAUUGCUGUAAUACAAAGUAAAAACAAAAAGAGCAACUCAAGUCAUAUCUCGUAGAAGAAAUAGUAAAUAUAACAACAAAUAACACAUUAUUUGAUAGCAAUUUCGCAACCACUUCCAUUAAAUAUAUUUGAAAGUAUUCGAAAGUAGCUUAUUACACACUUAUGUGUGUGUGCGUAUAUGUAAAUCAUAACCAAAAGAGCUUUCACUAUAAUCUAAAAAUGCUAGUAACAAUUUCUUGAUUACACAAAAUAAAUACAAAAUAAACUAAAUACUAAAUUUAUAUAAGCAAGCACAAUACCGUUAGUUGAAAAGAACACUUAACCAAAUCCACCAAAUAGAAUGAAAUGUAUGAAAUAUAAAUAGAAUGUAGUAAUAAUGCAAACACACAAGUAAAUAUGGCAUUGGCGAACAAAAUAAAUUUAGAUACUAAAACUAAAGCAAAACAUUGAUUAGCCGCACUCUAGUACUGCAAUAUAAUCAACAAUAUAUCCUCUAGCAUAAAUGGCAUGUGGUCGUGGCGAAAAAUGCACUAACUACUUCCUAGACACAACAUUAUUCCCACUUCGUUUGUGCUUCGGUGGCUUUGGAUUAUUUUAUUUAUAAUUUAUGCAUAAGUAAUUGCUUAUGCAAAUCAAAAGUAUUGUAAAUUUAUUUGUGAAUCCUAUAAACCCUGUACCUAAAGUUAAAGUAACCUAUAAACAACUUAUAUCAAAAAAAAAAAAAAACUAACAAAUAAAUAAAAUUGUCGUCUACCCCAUAGA